AUGGAUUCAUCACCGGUUCCAUCCAUGGAUUCAUCACCGAUUCCAUCCAUGGAUUCAUCACUACUGUCAGAUGCAAGAGGCAAACGGAGGCGCAACGAUCUGGUCCAAAACGUUGAUCGUAUCAGCAAACUCCCUGACCAUGUGUUGCUCGUGAUCUUAGGGAAAUUGUCGACUGAAGAGGCUAUCCAGACAAGUAAGUUGUCCACACGAUGGGAGGGUGUCUGGAAGCAGAUUCCUAAUCUCAACUUCGACAUGAAAAAGACAAAUAAACACUUCAACGGACAAUCUCUGGCACAUCGUUCCGGUUUUAUUGCUGAACUGAUAACCAAGGUUAUAAACAAUCACGAUGGUGAUCUAGAAUGCUGUGAAAUCAAGCAUUUCCCGUACCAAUGGCAAGACGGUACGCUCGAAACUUGGAUCCAAACACUGAUUCAUGUGAAAAGCACAAAAGAUCUCUCACUUAUAAACUGUACUGAUCUCCGUUGGAGACGUAGUGUGCUCCACUUGCCCCCAAACACAUUCUCCCAUCCAACCCUCACAUCACUCCUUCUACGUCGAUACGAUUUAGAAGCUGCACAUGCCUUCAACAAUUGUCGCAACCUCACGAUUCUCAACCUUGUUACAAUAUGCGCUGAGGUUGGUGUGUUCAACGCAGUCAUUGCAUCGUGCCCUUCCCUUAAGGUGCUGCUACUAGAUAUCGAAUGGAAUGACGGCACUGGUUGUUUGGAGAUUAAGAACAGCAAGUUGAAGAUCUUGCAUUUGGCUUGCAAUGAUAUUAAUUCUAUUGAAGUAACUGCACCGCUUCUGGAUUUCUUCUCCGUUGACUUUCAUAUUACGAGAUCUAACUUGACCCUAAUUGCCCCUAGACUACUCCAGCUGACGAAAAAUUGUUGGACUGCAUACACAGAUGUAUCUUACAUCAGCUACAACAUCUCAUGUGAUGAUCAGGUGAAGGGAAACAUUGAAUCUGAAUUCAUAGUGAGCAAAAUUGACGAUUAUUUGCCGUGGGUUAAAUGUUUGGCCGUGAGUGUGGAUUUAACAAAUCCCAAGGAAGUUAACAUGCUUCAUAGAGUCUUGACUAAAUGGGAUAAAUGGGGUCGAAAAAUCAAAAAUCUUAAGAUCUUCUUCAAGCAGAACAAUGGCCCUAAGCAAGAAGGUGAAUCUUCUAUUCUGGAAGCACAGCAGAAAAAGUGGAAUGGGAAAAGUUCGCUUUUCAGUAUUGAUAUCCGUGUGGAAGCUGUGUGGCUGUAUAACUUCAGUGGUUUAAACAAGGAAGAAUUCGAGUUAGUUUCAUCUCUAACACAAAGGAAAAGGAAAGCAACGAAGAAAGUGAUGAUUAAGACGUUGUCGAUACCCGAAAACAAGAAGUUGGAGAUAGAAGCAGCGAUGGCUAAACUAAUGAAACUUUCAAAAGGUAGGAAGAAAUUCAGUGUUAACUUUUUCUAA